AUGAGCUACUUCCGUAUCACCCUCGUCCGCUCCGCCAUCGACGUACUCAAAGCCCUCGGCCUGAAGAAGCGCAUGGGAACCGUCUUCCACCCCGUCUCUCAAUCGGUAGCCGGUCAGAUCAUGAAAGUAAAGGAACUGGUCGAGGUGCAGGAGGUCGACAAGAAGUUGACGAAACAAGAGAUCCACCUGGAGCGCAAGCCUGAUCCGGGGUACUAUGUCGAGAGGACGCAGGCGAUGGAGUGGGCUGAGAAGAGGGGCGAGUAG